GUUCUAACGCCUCAUAACGGUUCUGAGCCUCCAUUAUCACUCUCUGUGAUUCUGCCGCUAGUUCAGCCAGGAGCCCAAGCUUGCGGGUGGAUCUAUCGUUCACCAUGGGUUUUCUGCGAAAGUCUCGUCGUCGCAAGCGCAACCGCUGCCCACUCUGCUCCUCAAGGGCUACGCCUGCCUAUCCAUUGGUGUUUAUGGCACCACCCAUGGUCUUGGCACCACCCAUGGUCUCGCCACCAUCUCAAGUGCGUCACAACUACCACUUCGACUGCGAGGCCGCUGUUAACCGUCUUGUCCAGCUGCAGCUGUGUAACUCCUAUGUCUACCUGUCCAUGGCCUUCUACUUUGAUCGUGAAGAUGUGGCUCAGGAGAACUUGGCAAGCUUCUUCCUGAACAAGUCGCACGAGUAUUCUGCGCACGCCGAGAUGUUCCUGGAACUGCAAAACCAGCGUGGUGGCCGCAUCUCACUCGGCUCUGUCAGCAAGCCAGUCCGUGUUGAUUGGAUCAGCGGCCUUAAAGCCAUGGAGUAUGCCCUUCGACUGGAGCUGACCACCAACCAAAGCCUUGUGGCCCUGCAGCAGCUAGCCGCUAGCAAGAGCGAUGCCCAUCUAUGCAGCUUCCUGAAGAACCGUUUUCUGAACAAGCAAAUUGAGAUCCUCAAGGUGAUAAGUGGCUACGUGACCAACAUGCGCCAGAUGGGGUCUCCAGAUGACGGCAUGGUUGAAAAUCUAUUUGGAAAACUUACCCUGGCUGACAACAAGGAGAGCUGAGCUGAACAAAGUAUAAUAAUUCUAAAUUAUUCCUCUCCAGGCUACCAGAAUGGACACCUACAUUGCCCUUCCAGCAAGUUCACUGGUUUUUCCUUCCCCUUUACCACUGUUUCCAAUAAAGUCAUUUGAUUUCAA